GAUACAGAUCAGAUGGUGACUGAAGAGAAGCUGCCCCAGUCCUGGGUACAUGAUGUACGCACCGAUUGAAUUUUCAGAACCUGAUUACCGACGAGUAGAAUAUCAAAGAAGACAGCAAUUUUGGGAUCCUAUAAGGCUAGCUCUUUUCACAUUGGCAAUUGUAGCUAUCAUAGGAAUUGCAAUUGGUAUAGUUACGCAUUUUGUUGUUGAAGAUGAUAAGUCUUUCUAUUACCUUGCUUCUUUUAAAGUCACAAACAUCAAAUACAAAGAAAAAUAUGCAAUGAAAACCUCAAGGGAGUUUGUAGAAAGAAGUCAUCAAAUUGAAAGAAUGAUAUCCAGGAUAUUUCGACGCUCUGGAGAAGGACGGUUUAUCAAAUCCCAUGUGACCAAGCUAAGUCCAGAUAAAGACGGUGUGAACGUUCUCAUGGUGCUCAUGUUUCGAUACCCAUCUACUGAUAGUGUUGAAAGAAUCAAGAAAAGAAUUGAAAAGAUUUUAUAUCAGAGUAUGAAGACUAAGCCUUUGCCUUUGACUAUAAACAAACCAUCAUUUAAAAUCACACCUAUUGACAGCAAGAAGAUGAGAAAUCUUCUCAACAGUCGCUGUGGGAUAAGGAUGACAUCUUCAAACAUGCCAAUCCCUCCAUCUACAUCAACUGAAAGAAUUGUCAAUGGAAGAGAAACAGCUAUAGAUGGGGAGUGGCCAUGGCAGGCCAGUCUCCAACUCAUAGGGGCUGGCCAUCAGUGUGGAGCCAGUCUAAUCAGUAACACUUGGCUCGUCACAGCAGCUCACUGCUUCCGGAAAAAUAAAGACCCAAGUCAAUGGAUUGCUACUUUUGGUAUAACUAUAACACCAUCUGAAGUGAAACGAAAUGUGAGGAAAAUUAUCCUUCAUGAAAAUUAUCACAGAGCAACAAAUGAACAUGAUAUUGCCUUGGCCCAACUUGACACGGGAGUUGAGUUUUCAAAUAAAGUCCAAAGAGUUUGCCUUCCAGAUUCAUUUAUAAAGUUGCCACCUAAAACAAGUGUAUUUGUCACUGGAUUUGGAUCCAUUGUAGAUGAUGGGCCUACCCAAAAUAAACUUCGGCAAGCCAGGGUAGAAACGAUCAGUACUGAUGUUUGUAAUAGAAAGGAUGUGUAUUAUGGACUGAUAACUCCAGGAAUGUUGUGUGCAGGAUUCAUGGAAGGAAAAAUAGAUGCUUGUAAGGGUGAUUCUGGUGGUCCUCUGGUGUAUCCUGAUAAUCGUGACAUCUGGUAUCUUGUUGGUAUAGUAAGUUGGGGACAAUCUUGUGCUCUCCCGAAAAAACCUGGAGUCUACACAAGAGUGACUAUGUAUCGAGACUGGAUUGCAGCAAAGACAGGUAUCUAG